UGUGCACUUGUACUUGUAAAAUUGGAAAUGGUGGAAUUUUCUUGAACGUAGCAAAAUCGCGAAAAAAUCGAAGAAAAAACAGCUAAACAAAUUAAUUUUAAUGGCUUAAAUUUAGUGCCACCCAGUGUGACUCUUAUGCGGACAUAGUUUGAAUAAUCAUUAACAAUGUCUAGGCAAAAGCUGAUUGUAUAUAACCUUGCGUUGGUUGUUUGCCUUUUGUUGGGCAAUUCUAUUGUGGGCACAAGUUCAAGCGAUGUUAAUGGCAGUGAGGGAGCAGUGGCAAAUAGUGACAACAUAAAUGAUACGAUAUUCCCAAAUGACUCAGCAGCUGAGCAUUCGCCAACAGGCAACCAGAAUGUAGCAGAAAGUGGUGGCGCAUCCAAGGAGAUACAGAAUAGCAUACAAGCAAAUACCACAGCCAGCCAAUUAAAUGUUACAUCUGCAACGAACACAUCCAUAUCAGGAGUACCGAUCGCGAAUUCAAAUACUACAAGCGGCGUUCCAACAAACACGACUACGACUAUAACGCCAACGGCGGCAAACAGUACGCAGAAUGCCACAACACCUACCGCUGAUCCGCCACUACCAGAUCAACAUGCCGUGGAGCAGGAACACAAUUCAUCACUUUCGCUCUUCUUCGUCAUUUGUGUUAUUAUGUUGGGUAUUUUGCUCAUACACUCAAUGCUGCAAACCGGCUUCCAGUAUUUACCCGAAAGCAUUGUAGUUGUAUUCCUGGGUGCGCUAAUUGGGCUUCUACUCAAAGUGAUGUCAGGUGAAAAUGCGAGCUGGAAGCGUGAAGAAGUUUUUUCACCGACGGGAUUCUUUUUGGUGCUAUUACCGCCAAUUAUAUUCGAAUCUGGUUACAAUUUGCACAAAGGCAACUUUUUCCAAAACAUUGGUUCGAUUUUAGUAUUUGCCAUAUUUGGCACGACCAUCUCGGCGUUGGUUAUUGGGGCUGGCUGUUAUUUGCUAGGUGUGGCGGAGGUUGCAUAUAGGCUUGACUUCUCUGAAUCUUUCGCAUUUGGUUCGCUAAUAUCGGCUGUGGAUCCAGUAGCCACUGUGGCCAUAUUCCACGCGCUGGACGUAGAUCCCAUUCUCAACAUGUUGGUGUUUGGCGAAAGCAUAUUAAACGACGCCAUUUCGAUUGUGCUUACCACAUCGAUCACCCAAUCGGCCAAUACGCCCGCUAACACACAGGCCACUACAGGUGAGGAAAUCUUUUCCGCACUCCGAACAUUCUGUGAAAUGUUUUUCGCCUCCGCUGGCAUUGGUGUAAUUUUCGCGCUUAUAUCGGCGCUGCUGCUGAAGUAUGUUGAUUUGCGUAAGCAUCCGUCGCUGGAGUUCGCCAUGAUGCUGAUGUUCACCUACGCACCUUAUGUACUGGCUGAGGGUAUACAUUUGAGCGGCAUUAUGGCCAUAUUAUUCUGCGGCAUCGUCAUGUCGCACUACACACAUUUCAAUCUCUCCACCGUCACACAGAUUACAAUGCAACAAACAAUGCGUACACUCUCCUUUAUUGCUGAAACCUGCGUUUUCGCAUACUUGGGAUUGGCCAUAUUCUCAUUCAAGCAUCAGGUAGAACUCUCCUUUGUGAUCUGGUCGAUUGUGUUGUGCCUGAUUGGUCGCGCGUGUAACAUAUUUCCAUUGGCUUUCUUGGUGAAUAAAUUCCGGGAACACAAAAUUACCAACAAAAUGCAAUUCAUCAUGUGGUUCUCAGGCUUACGUGGAGCCAUUUCAUAUGCACUAUCCUUGCAUUUGGAUUUGCCCAAUGAUGAAACACGGCGUGUGCUCAUCACCACAACGCUAAUUAUUGUGCUCUUCACUACGCUUUUCUUCGGCGGCUCAACUAUGCCGCUACUGAAAUACCUCAAACCUGGGAAAAAGCGCCGCACACGCUCCGGACGUACUGCCAACUCUACGAGCGUAGUACGCAAUGGGGCCUCGCGUGUACGAAAACGUACAAAAUCUAUAUCGCUUUCGAAGACUCGUGAAUGGGGACAAGCCAUUGAUUCUGAACACUUAUCCGAAUUGACGGAGGAGGAAGAUGUGUCCUUUGCACAAACUCGUGUCGGUGGAUUCGGUCGUAUGGAUCGUAAAUUUUUCAUACCAUUUUUCACUCGUCGCUUCAACAGCCAAGAGCUGCAUGAGUGCAAGUCACAAAUGGCCGAUUUGACCAACAAAUGGUAUCAAGCGAUACGCAUUAGUCCGCUGGAUUCGGACGAGUCGGACGAGGAGUUGGGCAUGUCAGCGAGCACGAGCCAAAGCACAUUAACUGCGCCUCGUUCUUAAGUGUGAGCCGAGCUAAAAAAGGAGCAUUAGAGUGGAGAUGUGCAGUGGUUGAUAAGAAUUGUGGAAAAAGUUUAUUUCUUAUUUGGUAAAGUUUAAAAUCUUUCACUUAACUGCACAUUUCCAGUGUCGUGAAUUAGUCGCAAUAGUAAAACAUAUACAUGUAUAUGUGUACAUAGGCUACUUAUACAUAUGCAAGUAUGUAUGUUUAAGUACUUUGUGCUGUGAAUGCCGGAGUGAGAGUUCAAGAAAGUUGUAUUUGCCUAAAGAAAACCGGGAUUUUUUGCAUAGCUCAAAACCUUAGAACGAGUAUUUUUAAGAAAAAAGUUAUAUUUUAAGUUAUUACCUAAGCAAGUAUAUACUGUGGCAGGCAUUUAUAUAUGUAUGCGUAUGUGCAAACGCUUCGUUAGGCUUAUAGCUGCUGAAGGAAGCUGUUGCUUGCAUUCUUUAUAUUCUUAUUUUGCUUUAAAAUCCAAGUGGGUUUCGUUAAAUCGGUGGCGGGUUUUUUCUUUUUUUUAAUAUGUCUAUUCAUAUAUUGCAUACAUACAUACAUAAGUUUAGGUAUUUAUAUACAAAUUCGGUGUACACUUUUGAGCUGUGCUAAGCACAAAGUAAUUUUUUGAUUUCCCUUAAAAAGUUUAACAUUUUUAUUUUAGGUUAUGAACUUUUCAGUAUUUGCAAAUGUCACAAAAGCUGCUCUGUUUGCUUUUGUAUGAAUUUAUUAAUGCGUUUUUGUUUGUUUACCAACGCCUUGAAAUAUUUAGGCAGUUACAUUUAAGCUUGAAUGCAGCCAUAUUCAGACUUAAAAAUGUGUCCUUAUUUAAGCAAAAGUCCAACAAUUCGUGUCAUUUGCUGCAUGUCAUUUAUGCAAGAAUCAGUUUGAACGCAAAGUUCUACGCCAAAGAACGAACGUACUGUUAUAUGUUUGUAUUUAAAUGUAUGUAUUUAGUGAUAAGAUAUAUAUUUUGUGAUUUUUUGCAACUUAAGUGAAUCGAAAACCAAAAAGGUGUAUGUAAUACAUAAAUUAACUAAAUAUUAA